UUUUUUUUUUCUUCUUCAAAACCUCUAUUCAUCAUCAUCCUUAUUCAUCAUCUCUUCUCUUUUUCUCUUUCAUUUUACCACUAUGUCACGAGAAUCCUCCUCUUCUUCUUCCUCUUCUCCCUCUUCCACUUUCACCUUUGCUCCUGCAACAGGUGUCUUUCCUUCUUCAUCUCCUUCCAAUAUCACUGCUCCGACCGUUUCUUCCGCUCCUUCCAGUCGCCGGUCCUCUAUUCUCUUUGGUGACAAGUUUGGUCGCAUUGGCUCGGGUUUACCUACUGUCAACGAAAAUGACCUCCAACAUUCUGCCAAUACCUCGCGUCAAUCUCUGUCUCAACCUCCGGCCCAGCCUGAGUCCCAGCCCCAAUCUCAUUCUGGCCCUCCUCCUGCUGGAAGCAAUAGACGUGGCAGCCAUGUACGCUCAAAGUCUAUGAAAGAACAGCUUGAUCAAUUUGGUCAGAGUGGUAACAAGGACAAUGCGCCAAAGACCCUGCAGUCUCUGCAGGAGAUCAUUAGUAGCCUCAAGAGCAUUCCUGCUAACCAUAAUAGCCAACCAUCGAAUGUGAGCACCGCUGACCCCUAUCAGCAGCACCAACAGCAACAGCAACAGCAGCCACCAAUUGGCCAAGGCCAAGGCCUUUCCCGCCAUGAGAAACGCUCGUCCAUGUCCUCGCUACCCUCGCGGUCCUCAAUGGGUUACUUUAGUACAGGAAGUCUUAAUACCAAAGAGUCUGGAUUUUCUGGCUCCGGUUCUGGGACCACAACUACCCUCCACAUCUCGCAACCGCCCCGUGGCACCUCUAUUGAGAAUGCUCUUCAAUCUACAGUCGCAACUUUGCGUCGUCUCUCUGUCUCUGACUCAAAACGCCCUGUAAUUUCUACCAUCAAAAAGGAUGACGAUCCUACAUUGGACAACACAGCUCCCAGAAAAACCAAUAACCGCCGUUCUAUUGUGCUUCCCCAGGAUAUAGGCACAAUGGGCAUUGACCAACAGGAGAUCAGUAGAAGAAAUAGACGCUCAGCUACAGGUUCAUCUGUGGACAGUCUGUACUUCAACCCUUCCACAGACAUUCUUCCACUCACUCCUACCACCCCUACUUCUGGAUAUCAGCCUAAUCGUCGUUCAGUCAUCAUUCGCCCAGAAGAAGUUGCAGCAUUGCAGGAGGGUCGCACCUAUGUUUCACCUGCCGCAAAGAACUCAGGACGAGGCAGCUAUUCUAGCGAUGAAGAGGCGGAUGCCAUUGCAGACACUCUUUCAGCCCUCGAGGGUAAGGCUAGUAUGGGACAUGGUGUGAGUUAUUCAUCCAAAGCCCCUCACCGCCGGUCUAUCUCCAGCGUCGAUCCAAACUCUCUUGCUGAGUUUGCCGCUAAGCUUCCCAACCAUAUGCAGCCUGGCACCGGCUCUGCGGCCUUCCAGAAUUUCGGACAAAGUCUUGUCAAUAAUGAUGACGCUCGUGACCGCAGACGAUACUCAACUUCGUUCAAUUCUACGGUUGCGAGUCGAUCAGCUAUGACUGGACCAAUUAGUCGACGUCUCUCAGCUGCGCCGGCUGUCAGGGAAGCUGAUCGUAAAGAAUGGCGUAUAUCUACAUCACUGGCCUCUAAUACAGGUCUGUCCAAUAGGGAUAGUGUUAGUCUCAAGGAGAAUGCGAAUGGUCGUCGCCCGCUCUUCCAAGCUCAUUUGACUUAUUCAGAUUUUCAUUCACUUCUGACAAAACAGAAGCACAAAUAUGUUCAAGGCGUCCUCAGAAUCAACAAACGUAACCGUUCAGAUGCUUAUGUCACAGUUGAUUCUCUGCCAGAAGGCGAUGUUUACAUUUGUGGAAGUAAGGACAGGAACCGUGCAUUGGAAGGAGAUGUUGUUGGUAUUGAGCUUAUCGAUUUUGAGGACGUGCCUAUCCAAAAACUAGAAGGCGGAAAGGACAAAAAGAAGAACAAGCGUGCAGAGGAUGUAGAGGAAGCUGGUGAAGCCGACGUUGAAGAUAUCAAACCCAAAUAUUGCGGCCGUGUCGUUUCUAUUGUUGAGCGCUCAUUAGUCCAAAUGUUUUCAGGGACUUUAACUUUACAACGACCAAGUGGAUCAGCAAAGAAAAAUGAACGUCGCCGUCUAGAUGAUGAUGAUUCGAAGGGCCAACCCCGAAUUGUCUGGUUCAAACCUACCGAUAAGCGCGUGCCCUUAAUUGCUAUUCCUAUUGAUCAAGCCCCCAGGGAUUUUGUAGAGAAUCAUAUGGCAUAUGCCCAUAAGCUCUUUUUAGCUACAAUCAAACGUUGGCCUCUUAGCUCACUUCAUCCUUUUGGGCAUCUUGAACGUGAGCUUGGCGAUAUUGGUAAUAUUGAGAUCGAGACAGAAGCUUUGUUAGCGGAUAACAACGUCACUACUACUGCAUUUGGCGAAAAGGUUGAAAAAUGUCUCCCUGAACUUCCAUGGGUUAUUCCGGAGAAGGAACUGAGUAACCGCCGUGACCUUCGGAAGAGUUGUACCUUCACAAUUGACCCCGCCACCGCCAAGGAUCUGGAUGAUGCAGUGUCCUGCAUUCGCCUCGAGGAUGGCACAUUUGAAAUUGGUGUCCACAUUGCUGAUGUUUCCCAUUUCAUCAAAGUUGGUUCUGCUUUAGACAGAGAAGCUAAAGCAAGAGCUACUACUGUUUACUUGGUUCAAAAGGCGAUCCCAAUGUUGCCGACCGUACUCUCGGAGGAUCUUUGUAGUCUGACAGUAAAUGUCGACAGGCUUACAUUUUCAGUGUUCUGGAUCAUGACUGAGAGCGGUGAGAUUCUCAAGACCUCAUUUGCAAAGUCUGUCAUUCGGUCUUGCGCACAGUUAUCAUAUGAUGAUGCUCAGCGUGUGAUCACAACCGGUGCUCUCGACUCGAAGGUCGAAGUCUAUAACCAUCCACGGGAAGUUGUAGAAGAGAACAUCAAAACAUUUUUCAAAUUGUCCAUGAUCUUGCGUCAAAAGAGGUUUGACAAUGGCGCACUUUCCAUCAAUUCCAUCAAGUUGGCAUUCGAAACUGAUGGACAGGACUCGCCUUUGGACGUGACUGUGCUUGAACUUAAAGAGAGUAAUCGACUGAUUGAAGAAUUUAUGCUCCUCGCCAACAUGAGCGUUGCCAAGCAAAUUUUUGACUUUUUCCCAGAACAGGCUCUUUUACGUCGCCAUGAAGGACCCCUUGAGAGACGUAUGGGUGACUUUAUUCAGCACAUGAACAAGAUUGGACUGGAACUAGACGCAUCCAGUGCAGGAGCACUACAGGCGUCCAUGGACGCAAUUCAAGAUCCAGAUGUGCGCAAAGUUGUUCACUUGUUGGCGAACAAGCCAAUGCACCGUGGCAAGUACAUUUGUAGCGGCAUGCUCCCUCCUAGUAAAUAUCACCACUACGCAUUGAAUGCACCACUCUACACGCACUUUACCUCGCCCAUCCGACGCUACGCCGAUAUUAUCGUCCACCGGCUACUGGAGGCAUCUUUGACUGGAGAUUCAAAGGUUUAUCUAAACAAGGAAGCUUGCCAGAAGUGCGCCAACCAUUGCAACCUGAAAAAAGAUGCCGCCAAGCUCGCGGAGGAGCAGAGUAGCCACCUGUAUCUAAGUGUUUUACUCCGAAAGAUGACCGAGCAGAAAGGCAUGGUGAUCCGUGAAGGCAUUGUGGUGCAGAUUCUCGAUACGGCUUUUGAUGUGAUGGUGACAGAGUUUGGACUAGAGAAACGUGUACAUCUGGAUCAAUUACCACUUGAGCGCUAUUCUUGGAAUGAGUCGACAGAGACACUCAAGCUGUAUUGGAGCACGCAGCCUUUCAAGACUCAUGAUGACAUUAUUGCCAAGGGUGGCGAUAGCCAAGUAAACAAUAGAAGAUUAUCUAUGACUUUUGCGCCAUCUGGUUCACUACAAAGUGUUCGUCCUAGCGGCUUUGAUGCGAUGGGUGGACAUCCUGACGAUGCAACCAACGCAUACGAUGAUGAGCGCGGAUUGUUUGAUGACGAUAGCUUUUCAGAGGAUGAUAAUGAGUCGCUGGCAAGGCAGCCUAGACAGAUGGAUAUUGAUGAUGAUGCGAAUGAUGAGCUAGCUAAUAAUCUACAAAAGAUCAAGAUGUUUGGACGCAUUCAAGUUUUGAUCACCCCGGAUACAAGCGUGUCUCCUCCAGCGAUUAAGGUAGUGGCUAUAAAUCCUUUUGCUGCUGGCGCACUGUAAAUAAUUGAACAUGAGGGACAAUGUUGCUCAUUUUUAUUCACAAAAAGAAAAGACCGGAAAAAACAAUAAGUUUACGCCUGUAAAUAAAUAAAU